UUUACAAAUCUGUUCCAUUUUUUCACUAAAAAAAUUGUUUUAAGUUUUGAAACAGUGUUCGUUAGUUGAAAUAACGCAGCAAGUGUGCUUCGAAGUGAUGGCUUCGAUAAAUGAUUUACCUAACGAAAUUUUAGAGUUUAUAUUUAGUUUACUUCCUCCGUACCAGGAUCUGGAACAGUGUGCCUCGGUCUGCAAACGCUGGAUCGCCCUUGCGAGCAAUGUACGAAUACGGAAGAAAGUUUGCUUGCAGAAGGCUCUCAUGGAUUUCAACCUUUGCUGGCGCCAGGAGGCGCUGACCGGCCAGAACCCGAGCAUAGCUGCUCGGUUUGCCCAUGCAAGUUCGUUGCAUCGUAAUUCGAUGUACGUUUUCGGCGGAGCUUCUUCUUACGAUACAACCUUCAACGAUUUGUGGCGCUUUGAUUUGAGCAAGCGGAAGUGGAUUCGACCAAUUUCGAUGGGCUCGUACCCGUCACCUAAAGCUGGAGCUUCACUGGUUUGUUAUGGUGAUUUGCUAGUACUAUUCGGGGGCUGGAGGCACUCGUAUACGCCGUUUCAGAUGUGUACGCUUUUUGAUGAAUUGCAUGUUUACAACGUUACGGACAACAGAUGGACAAUACAUAACUUUGCUUAUGGUCCACCACCAAUGACUGGUCAUUCUGCCACGGUACACGACAAUAUGAUGGUAGUUUUUGGAGGCUAUCAAAAAACAAUGGAAAACAUUGGAACUACCAACGACAUUUGGGUAUUGGAUUUGGAAAAAUUGAUGUGGAAAAGGCCAAUGGUGUCUGAACAAAAGCCACCGGCACGUUACGGCCAAUUUCAAAUGGCUAUCGGACGUGAUCAUAUACUUGUGCUGGGUGGUACGGGAGGAGUUAAUAGAAUUUUCAAUGACGCCUGGUUGUUGGAUAUGAGAAACGAUGUGUGGCGCUGGAGGAACGUGCAAGUCAAAAACAAAAAAAGUACAGUGACACACAAUUGGAGUUAUCCUGCAUGCAACGUCGGAACCAAAAUUAUUGUGUUAGGGCCAACUUCGCCCAACGACUUUCAAAUAAUCCGGCAACAUAGGCCAACCAACCAUGGUCUACAUCCACCGAAUCUGGGUAGACCAAGACCGGGAGGUAAUGCAGCUGACCGACCGAGGGCUGCUGGCAAUGAACCAAAUAUUCCUCCUCGUCAGCAUCCCGUUCGUUCGCCACCUCCACCUCCACCGCCAGCACCCAUUAUUCCGCCGGCCCCACGAGCUCGAACACCUUCCCCCACGGGGGCACUGCGUCAACCAAUUGAUCCUCAACCCGGUCCUUCCGGUAUAUCCAAUCCCAGCUCACCGUCUCAAGCGGGACCGUCUAGACCGCUUCCUGCUAUUCGAAGCCCAAGCUAUCACAGGCAACAGAUAGACGACGACCAUUUGCUACCCAAACGGUUCAACCAAACUCCUCCAGAACAUGGCCAUAUGGCGAUGGCAGCCUUCAGCGUUCGACCAGCAAAUCCGCCUGCUCUGCAGGCUUCACGUGAACGUCAGCUUGAAAGGCUUCGGAAAAUGGAGGAGAAAAUUUCCGCAAUGCGUCGCAUUAAAGAACAAGAACAACGCGAACAAGAGCAAGCAGCAGCUGCUGCUGCUGCAGCCGCUGCUGUCGCUCACGAAUCUUCGAUUACUCCGAAAAGAAUCAAACGCAAUGGUUUGGCAAUUUACGUCUGCGAUAUUUCCCAGUUAUUAGUCAACGACGGAAAAACUCCGGUUAUCGAAUGGCAGGAACAGAAAAACAGCGGUCUCAUCGCAGGGGCACCCGACCAUUUUACCUUCUCUACCAUGGUUAGCGGAACCGGAGAGCUUAUCGUGUUUGGUGGAUUAAACAAAAAUCCGAAGUCGGAAAGUUCAAGCGUAACCAAUUCGGUGCACUUCUUGACCGUUCCAACGGCAGUCGUGUAGAAGCCAAUUGAUUGUACAUAUUUAAUAUGAAUUGUUUGACGUUCACUUAGUCACUAAUCGUGCUGCUAGGCUAAGCAAUUUUCGUUUAUAAAAUUCAAUUUCUGGUAUUCGAAAGUAGUAUGCGAAUAGAUAAGCUAAUGUUUACACGUUGAUUCCAAUAAAUAAAGUUCUCGCUGUCCAAAGAAACUACAAAUAUUUAGGUUUAUUUCAUAAUUUAUUGGUUCUGCAAUCACAAAGCGCUACGCUAUUUGUUAAGUCAAUUUUAAAACAACAA